GAUGAAUGAUGAUCCACAAUCAAGAACCAUUUUCACCACUCUUAGCUGCCAAUUCUAUUUUCCAUAAAGAGGGGAAGUAAAAGUAUAGCUCUUAGCUACCAAUUCUAUUUUCCUCCUCAUCUACUUCUUUGUAUAUUAACAGAGGAGGAGUUACCUCCAAAACUGUAGACAUCAAAGUAUCAACCAAAGGCACACUCUAGACAUGGACUACUGGUUCUCCUGGUUGUCCAAAACCGCCCUCGACCGCCCUUUUGUUUACGAGUACGCACUCGUGUUCUCUCGCAACGAGCUCGAAGAGGAGGACGUGAUGUCCUUCAACCACGAAUUGCUGCAGAGCAUGGGGAUCUUUGUUGCUAAACACCGCCUAGAGAUCCUCAAGCUCGCCCAAAAGGAGGUCGAAAAAAGCAGACCGCGUCGCGUUCCGAGGCUCUUCUUGGCCGUCAACAAGGCAAAGAGGUCCAUUACCAAGAGCUUCGGAAAGUGGGCCUUUUCGAGAAACUCUGCCCACGGAGCAGGGCUGGACCUGACCCCUUUCCGGGCUCGUUGGACCGGAGCGUUGAGGAAGCGAAACAGUUCAAAGGAGUUCAACCAUGAGAAGGUGAUGGCCACAAAUGGGAGAAGAAUUAUGAGGUCUGGGCCUUUGGACAGGAGAUUGCAAGAAAACUUGAUGGUUACAAGUAGGUGUAUGAGUGUCUCUGGGCCUAUUGAUGGAAUACUACAAGAGAAGUUGAUGUCCAUAAACAGGAGCCCAACGAUAUCCGGCCCGGUGGAUCGAAGAUUGGAUGAGAGGCUUUAUAUUUGUAACAAAAGCCCAGAUGCAUCUUGGGCUUUUGAUGCAAGGGAUUCAAGCCCCAGUGUGAAUGGUGACCGUGGCAAGAAGAAGAUGGUUGGUUGUGAUGAAGAUCAAUCACUAUGGUCUCUAAUGUUUGAAGACAUGAAACCCACAUGAAAUUUGUGUUAGGUGGUGAAGCCUAUUGCUGGGGAGAGCCGGAACCGGCUCUUGACGGGCACCAGGCCGGCGUUUGACCUAAGGCCCUUCUUUUGCGUGUAUGUACAGAGGCUUGUUUCUGUAGAGGUCUGGACCAGCUUAUGUAGAAAGUCAGUCCAACAGUUUGCGGAAAAAGGAAAAUAAAAAAGUCAGGACACGGACAAAGCCUAUAAAUAUGUUUCUAAAUCGUUUUUAGGAUUACAACCUCCUAAUAUUGAGUGAAAAGUUGUUGUAACUCUAGAGAGAUAAUUUUUUGUUGUUUUUCCAUUAAUCAAUAGUGAACUGGUGUGACUCCCGAGGAAUAGACAGUUGCCAAAUCUCGUA